UAACUAUGAGACUCCAUUUCCCAGAAAGCUCAGCGUUCAGUGUGCGCUAUGGAGCCGCGUGUCGCAGAUCUGAAGCUGAAGAUUGAGGACACCCUGUGUCCUUUUGGCUUCGAGGUUUACCCCUUCCAGGUGGCGUGGUACAAUGAGCUCCUGCCUCCAGCCUUCCACUUGCCCUUCCCAGGACCUACCCUGGCCUUCCUGGUACUCAGCACACCGGCUAUGUUUGACAGAGCCCUCAAACCCUUCUUGAAGAGCUGCCACUUCCAAACACUGAGAGACCCUGUGGACCAGUGUGUGUCCUACCACCUGAGGCGUGUUACAGAGAAGUUUCCAGAACUGCAUAUGGAAGUCAUUGCUGACUAUGAGGUACAUCCCAAUCGGCGACCUAAGAUCCUAGCCCAGACAGCAGCCCAUGUGGCAGGUGCUGCGUACUACUACCAACGGCAGGAUGUGGAUGCUGACCCAUGGGGGGCCCAGCACAUAGCAGGUGUGUGCAUACACCCUCGAUUUGGGGGCUGGUUUGCUAUCCGAGGAGUAAUGUUGCUGCCAGGGAUUGAAGUGCCAGAUUUGCCACCCAGAAAGCCCCCUGACUGUGUGCCUACAAGAGCUGGCCGCAUCACUCUGCUUGAAGGCUUCAAUUUCCACUGGCGGGACUGGACUUACCGGGAUGUUGUGACUCCUGAAGAGCGUUACUCUGAAGAGCAGAAGAUGUACUUUUCCACCCCACCAGCCCAACGCUUGGCUCUAUUAGGCUUAGCCCAACCCCCAGAACAUCCUAGCACUACAUCUGAGCAUCCUCUCUCCUUGCUUACCAAGCCUCAGAAUUCCAGGAGAGCACGAAGCUGGCUUAGUCCAAGUGUCUCACCACCUGUAUCCCCAGGCCCUUGAUAACUUUUCCCCUGUGGGAUCCCACCAUAGUGGAUUUGUCUUUUUUUUAAGUAGGAUUGGGGUUUUGAAAAAGCGCUUUCUUCUUCUUCUUCUUCUUCUUUUUUUUUUUUUUUUGAGACAGCAUUUCUCUGUGUAGCCCUGGCUGUCCUGGAGCUCACUCUGUAGACCAGGCUGGACUCGAACUCAGAAAUCUGCCUGCCUCUGCCUCCCAGAGUGCUGGGAUUACAGGUGUGCGCCAAUAACGCCCGGCCUCUUUUUUAGUUUUUUUGAGACAAGGUUUCUCUAUGUAGCCCUGGCUGUCCUGGAACUCUGUAGACCAGGCUGGCCUCAAGCUAACAGAGAUCCAACUGUCUCCCCUGCAGUGCUGAUUUUCGCACUGUGGAAAAACCACAUUUUAUUUUGGGUGUAAUUUCCUGAUGAUAGUGCUUCAAAGACAGUCAAGACUCAAUUACAUUGGUCAAGAUAAAUCGUAUGCCAAGGCAGACUCAAAACCAGCAGUUAACGUCAGAUACUCGACUCGUGCCAGUUACUAUUCUCCUAAGAUACUUCUAUUUAAGAACCAUGGUUCUCACUGUCCCUUUAACACAGGCCUUCAUGUUGUAGUGACCCCCAACCAUAAAAUUAUUUUUGUUGCUACUUCAUAACUAAUUUUGCUAGUUACGGAUCAAAGUUUUCCAAUGGUCUUAGGGAAUCCGGGGACAUGACCCAUUGGUUGAGAACCACAGAUUUAGUGGCUCUUAGGGGUACCCACCACAUAGAGCUACGCUAAAUUAAUAUUUAAGUAAACUACUUUGACCUAUAGUCAAAGUAAAUUAAUAUUUAAGUAAACUGCCUGACCAAUAGUGUGCUGUUACUCAAGGCUUAAGGAAUCUAAUACUUACGUUCAAAUAGAUGUACUUUGAAACCAGUGGUAGUGCACGCCUUUGGUCCCAGAACUUGGGAGGCAGAGGCAGGUGGAUUUCUGAGUUUGAGACUAGCCUGGUUGACAGAGUGAGCUCCAGGCCAGCCAGGGCUACACAGAGAAACUCUGUCUCAGAAAAAAAAAACAAAAAAAACAAAAAAAAAAAACCAAGAUGUACUUUGAAUUCUGGAAUAUUGGAAGGCCAUGAUGGCAUAGGAUUAUCUACCCUAACCAGGAAUCCAGAAGAAACGUCUUGCUGAUGUAACAGAUCAAAAAGGAUUAUUCUCUAAUCAUAGCUAAAAUACAAGAAGUUGAAUACAUCCUAUCCAAAGUCACCAACUUUGCCUAUUUUGUUGAUUGUAGAUAGUUCCCCAAUCCUGAUUUUUCAAGUUUCACUGCCAGGGUCCAGGGAGGUUAAUUGGUAAUUGCUUGCUAUGUGUAGUACAAAUUAUAUUGGUAAAUUGUCAUGUGCUAUGUGUACUUGUUGAAAACUGAGAACAAGAGAUAGACUCCUGUGUCAGACUCAAACAUGUUAAUCUCAGAUAUCCUCCUUAGACAGGAUAGUCCCCAACCCUGCAACAGGGAGGGAAAGAAGCAAAUUACUGAGGGUAUUAAAAAAAGAAAAGAAAAAGCCGGGUGGUGGUGGUGCACGCCUGUAAUCCCAGCAUUCUGGGAGGCAGAGGCAGGCGGAUUUCUGAGUUCGAGGACUGCCAGGGCUAUACAGAGAAAUCCUGUCUUGAAAAAAACAAAUCCAAAAAAUCAAAGAAAAGAAAAUUUGCAUCCAGGAUGGAGAGAUGGUUCAGAAAUUAAGGGCAUUGGAUACUCUUCCAGAGGUCCUGAGUUCAAUUCCCAUCAAUCAUAUGAUAGCUCAUAACCAUCUAUGUGGUGCCCUCUUCUGGCCUGCAGGGAUAUGUGCAGGCAGAUCAAAUAUAUAUGUAACAUGUACAUGUAUAGACUAUAUGUAUACAUAGUUUUUUCUUCAUAAAAAUGCAUCCUGAAAACAGGGAGGUGUAACAUUUCCAAGGUUAGUAUUACUUAUUCCAUGAUAUAAAAAUUUAGUGGGAAAAGGGAAAAAGAAGUCCUAAUAACCUCAUUGUUUAGACACUUUACUUUGCCUGCCCAGAACGCCAGUGUUUUCACAUUUGUACUGUACUUUGGAUGCUGGGAACAAGGGGAGAAGACAAUUAUUGGAGCUUAUUGGCCAGCAAGCCUCAGUAAGCAUCCAGUUCAGUAAGACUGUCCGGUCAGGUGGGUCACAACUGCCUCUCAUUCCAGCCUCACAAGAUUCAACACAUUCUUCUGCCCUACACACAAGCAAAGUCUUACCAUGUAUCCUAAUCUGGCACUCAUCUCUGGGAUUAAAAACUUGACAGGCCUGGCCAUUCCUCUUUCUUCUUCAUGAAUUACAUUCAUAUUCAUGGGGGGAGAGGUAUAUCACAGUGUAUAUGAGUCAGGACAACUUGUAGGAAGGAGUCAAUUCUCUCCUUCCACCACGUGGCAAAUACCUUUAAUGUGGUUUGAAUAGGCAUAAACCGUUUGGCCAUAGGUAAACUGCACUAUUAGUUAAGUGUGGCCUUGUUGGUGCAAAGGGAGCACCAACACUAUGGGACCAGGCUUUAAGAUGUGGCACACAAGUCUCUUGCUGCUAGAACUCACAACUCCUUGGCCAGCACAUGUCUUCCUGCACUCCACCAUGUUUCUCACCACAAUGGACUAAACCUCUGACUAUAAGCCAGCCUCUUUUUCCUUUUUUAGAAUUGCCAUGGUCAUGGGGUCUCUUAACAGUAAUAUAACUCUAAGACACCCAAUGAACUCACCGGCCAAGUUUUGUUUGGCAGAGCAGACAAUAGUCAAUUAUCCUAAGAAGCAAAAAUUCUGUUCCAUGAAAACUUCCCUCCCAGCACUAAAGAACACAAGUUAAUCUCUCUCAGGUUGGCUUGCAACACAGCAAACUAUAGCGCAAUGGCUAAGAGGUUGGGUUUGAUGGCUAAGGGUUUGCACUUCCAUCUAAAAUAUAGAAAAAAAACCAUUCUGUGUUUGUAUGUGUACAUUCAGUUGAUCAUCCCCCCCCCCCCCCAAAGACAGGGUUUCUCUGUGUAGCCCUGGCUGUCCUGGAACUCACUCUGUAGACCAUGCUGGCCUCCAACUCAGAAAAAAACCUGCCUCUGCCUCCCAAGUGUUGGGAUUACAGGUGUGCACCACCAUGCCCGGCUCCUUCCGUUGAUUCUAGGGAAUAAAUUUUUUCUUUAAAGACAGGGCCUUAUGCCUCAGGCAGGUGAACCUAAUCCUUUUGCCUUCAGUUCUCUAGUACUGAGAUUACAGGUGUAUCACACCUUGUUUAUGUGGCAGUGGCUUUGUUUACACGGUUUUGUGCACAAUAAACAUAAUGGUUAACUUCUGACAACUUGACACAAACUA